AUGAUAGCCACUCCAGCCAUGAGCCCUGUCCAGAGUUCCCAGCAAGAUCUCCCUCUCGAGGAUGUCUGUUCUACGACCAUGACAUCUAGCGAAAGUCUCCCUGAACUAAAGGGCACUUGCACUGUGUCUGGUAGUGCUCUGGCUUAUCAGAGCCCUGUGCUCUGGAAAGCUCUAGGUCUGGAGCUCUACAACCUUCCUGUGGCACCACAGGAGGCUUCUGGACUCAAGGCGCUGGGCUGUGGAGGCUGCAGCCAGCCUGGGGCGCUGCAGAGGCAGAUCCAGGACACUGGUGCUGGUUGCUGUGUGAGCAUUUCCCCCUGGUACAACUGGUCUUAUGUGACCCCUCUUGAGCUGAAGAACCGAUCUGUGGGACUUGGCACUGGGAGCACAGUGACAGGUGACGCACACUUCACCCUGGACGGCCGCAAGUUCCGGAUCUUCGGGGGCUCCAUCCACUACUUCCGGGUGCCCAGGGAGUACUGGAGGGACCGCUUGCUGAAGCUGAAGGCCUGUGGCUUCAACACUGUCACCACCUACAUUCCCUGGAACCUCCAUGAGCCAGAAAGAGGCAGAUUUGAAUUUUCUGGGAACCUGGACCUGGAGGCCUUUGUGCUGAUGGCUGGGGAGAUGGGGCUGUGGGUGAUUCUGCGUGCAGGUCCCUACAUCUGUGCUGAGGUCGACCUUGGUGGCUUGCCCAGCUGGCUACUGCAGGACUCCAAGUCCCGAAUGAGGACGACAGACAAAGGCUUUGUUGAAGCAGUGGACAGGUAUUUUGAUCAUCUGGUUCCCAGAAUGGCUCCUCUCCAGUACCACCAGGGAGGUCCUGUCAUUGCAUUCCAAGUGGAGAAUGAAUAUGGUGCAUUUAAUAUGGACAAAUACUACAUGCCCUAUCUCCAAGAGGCUCUGUUGAAAAGAGGGAUUGUGGAGCUGCUUUUGACCUCUGAUGUCCUGAAUGAGCUGCCGACAGGCUACAUCAAAGGAGUAUUGGCGGCCAUAAAUACGAGAAAAUAUCAUAAGGCUAUUCCUAAAGGGCUGUAUAGAGUGCAGGGAAAUAAGCCCAUUCUGAUUAUGGAAUAUUGGAUUGGCUGGUUUGACUGCUGGGGUUUAGGGCCACACCAAUUUACAAAUGUACGUGACGUUGAACAUACUGUGUCUCAAUUUAUCAAAUAUAACAUAUCCUUCAAUGCCUACAUGUUCCACGGUGGGACCAACUUCGGUUUCAUGAAUGGGGCUGUAGUUAAUGGGAUACACAGGAGUGUUGUCACCAGCUAUGACUAUGAUGCUGUGCUGACAGAGGCCGGGGAUUACACAGAAAAAUAUUUCAUACUUCGAAAAAUCCUUGGAUCCAUCUCAGGAAUUCCCCUGCCGCCGCUACCUGACCCUACUCCUAAAUCUGUGUAUGCUGAUGUGAGUCUGUCCCACUACUUGCCACUGUGGGAAGUCCUACAGUACCUGCAUGAACCAGUGAAGCUGAGUAUUCCAGUCAGCAUGGAACAUCUUCCUAUAAACAAUGGAAGUGGACAGCCCUUUGGACUCAUUCUUUAUGAGACUCCCAUCUGCUCUGGAGGCCUUCUCCAUGCUCAUGCUGAAGAUAUAGCCAUGGUGUUUCUAAAUGACUCAAUGAUAGGAACCUUAGAUGAGAACACUCGGAAUGUGCCAAUUCCUACAUUCAAGGGCUGCCAACUUCUGAGGAUCCUCGUGGAGAACCAAGGACGAUUGGUUUAUAGAAGAAAAAUGCUUUAUGAGCUCAAAGGGUUAACUGACUCCGUUAGCCUCAAUAAGGUGACCCUGAAGGGCUAUACCAUCUACUCCCUGGACAUGAAAAUGGACUUCUUUGACAGGCUGCGCUCUGCCACCUGGAGGCCCAUCACAGGGAGUUAUGAGGGCCCUGCCUUCUACAGGGGAACCUUGAGAGCUGGCCCUUCUCCCAAAGACACCUUCGUGAGCCUACCGAACUGGAAUUACGGAUUUGUAUUCAUCAAUGGCAGGAAUCUUGGGAGAUACUGGAGUAUUGGGCCUCAGAAGACACUUUAUCUUCCUGGGGUCUGGCUUCACCCAGAAGACAAUGAGAUCAUUGUGUUUGAGAAAAUGAUGAAUGGUUUAUUCAUCCAGUUUACUGAUGAGCCCAAGCUGUAA